AGUUUUUAUUCGUUUUUUUUUGCUUCUCUGUUGAUUAAUUGGGUACUCCAUAGGGGACAGUUUAAUACCAGAGUGAAAGAUUUCGAACGAUACUGGUAUAGAGGUUCAGUUUACAUACAUAUAAAAGAAUCAGUAUGGGAGCUCAAUUCAGGACGCUCGAACGUGAAAAGCGUUUCCAAAAUCCACCAAAGGACAAGUCUGCAUACCCUCUUUUGCAAGAUGCCGUAGCCCCACAUGUGGGUUCUUUCAACGCCUUGACCGAAGGUCCUGGUGGCGGUCUCUUGAACUUGGGUGUUCAAGACAUUGGUACUAAAACCAUUUUUGAUUCAAAUUCUUCUGAUAGAUUGGGUAACAAAUUAAAUAUUAGAGUAGAGUCCGUUCAAUUGGCCAAGCCAUCCGUGGCUCCAAAUGACAAGCUCUCUCUUAACAGAAGAACAUAUCCAACCGAAUGUAGAGAAAGAAUGUCCACCUACAGAUCCAGACUUAUGUUGAAGCUCACUUGGAGUGUCAAUGAUGAGGAAGAAGUUUCCGAAAUCAGAGAAGCUGGUCAAGUCCCAGUCAUGUUAAAGUCUAACAGAUGUCAUUUGGAAAAAUUAUCUCCUGCUGAACUUGUUGCUCAAAAGGAAGAAUCUGAUGAAUUGGGUGGGUACUUUAUUGUCAAUGGUAUUGAAAAGUUGAUUCGUAUGCUUAUUGUUCAACGUCGUAACCAUGCCAUGGCCCUUAUUCGUCCAUCCUUCGGUAACAGAGGUGCUGCUUACACCAAGUACGGUAUCCAAAUCCGUUGUGUUAGACCAGAUCAAACCUCUCAAACUAACGUUUUGCAUUACUUGAACGAUGGUAACGUUACCUUCAGAUUCUCUUGGAAGAAAAACGAAUACUUGGUCCCAGUGGUUAUGGUCCUUAAGGCCUUGAUUGAAACCAAUGAUCGUGAGAUCUUUGACGGUAUUAUCGGUGCCGACACCUCCGAAUCCUUCUUGACUGAUCGUUUGGAAUUACUUCUCCGUACAUACAAGCAAUACAACUUACACUCGCAACAGGAAACUUUAGCUUAUCUUGGUGACAAGUUUAGAGUUGUUUUUGGUGCUACUCCUGAUGUUUCUGACAUUGAGGUUGGUAAGGAAGUCUUACGUCGUAUUGUUUUGGUUCACUUGCCGGAUAAUGGUGACAAGUUCCGUAUGUUGUUGUUCAUGAUUAGAAAAUUGUACUCCCUUGUUGCCGGUGAAUGUAGUCCUGACAAUCCAGAUGCCACUCAACAUCAAGAAGUUCUUCUUGGUGGGUUCUUAUACGGUAUGAUCAUUAAGGAAAAGAUUGAGGAAUAUUUGCAAAACAUCCGUUUACAAAUUCAAUCAGACAUCAAUCGUGGUGUUGCCAUCAACUUCAAUGAUAGAAAGUACAUGUCGCGUGUAUUUAUGCGUAUCAAUGAAAACAUUGGUCAAAAACUUCAGUAUUUCCUUUCUACUGGUAACUUGGUAUCCCAAUCUGGUCUUGAUUUGCAACAAGUUUCUGGUUAUACCGUUGUUGCUGAAAAGAUUAACUUCCAUCGUUUCAUCUCGCAUUUCAGAAUGGUGCAUAGAGGUUCUUUCUUUACUGAAAUGAAGACUACUACUGUUAGAAAGUUGUUGCCUGAAUCUUGGGGUUUCUUAUGUCCUGUCCAUACUCCAGAUGGUUCUCCAUGUGGUUUGUUGAACCAUUUGUCCCACAAGUGUCGUAUUGCCACUGAAGCUUCUGAUGUAUCCAAGGUUCCUGAAGCCUUGGCACAAUUGGGUGUUUCUCCAUCUCAUUCUUUCGCCGCUGGUCCACGAUUGUGUUGUGUUCAACUUGACGGUCGUAUCGUAGGUUGGACCACUCAUGAACAAGGUAAGAUUGUUGCUGAUACCUUAAGAUUCUGGAAGGUUGAAGGCACCCAUGGUUUACCUGUUGAGUUGGAAAUCGGUUAUGUUCCACCUUCGUCCAAGGGUCAAUACCCUGGUUUGUACCUCUUUGGUGGUCACUCUAGAAUGAUGAGACCAACCAAGUACUUACCAUUAGGAAAGGAAGAUAUUUUGGGUCCAUUCGAACAAGUAUACAUGAAUAUUGCUGUUACUCCUCCUGAAAUUGAAAACAACAUUCACACUCACGUUGAAUACUCACCAACUAACAUUCUUUCUAUCUUGGCUAACUUGACCCCAUUCUCGGAUUUCAAUCAAUCUCCUAGAAAUAUGUACCAAUGUCAAAUGGGUAAGCAAACUAUGGGUACACCUGGUGUAGCUCUUGCUCACCGUUCUGAUAACAAACUUUAUAGACUUCAAACCGGACAAACCCCAAUUGUUAAGGCUGGUUUGUACGAUGAUUAUGGGAUGGAUAACUUCCCUAACGGUAUGAAUGCCGUUGUUGCCGUCAUUUCAUACACCGGUUACGAUAUGGAUGAUGCGAUGAUUAUCAACAAAUCUGCUGAUGAAAGAGGAUUCGGUUACGGUACUGUCUACAAGGUUGAAAAGGUUGACUUGUCUCAAUCCAGAAGACGUGGUGAUCCAAUUACACAACAUUUUGGUUUUGGUGCUGAUGAAUGGCCAGAAACUUGGAAGGAAAAGUUGGAUGAUGAUGGAUUACCUCUUAUCGGUGUCAAGGUUGAAGAAGGUGACCCUAUUGUAGCCUAUUACGAUGACACUCUUGGUAAGACUAAGGUGAAGACUUACCACUCUAGUGAACCAGCUUAUAUUGAAGAAGUUAAGUUGUUGGGUGAUGAUAAUGCUGACCAAGAGGGUCAACAAAUCACCAUUAAAUAUAGAGUUACCAGAACUCCACUCAUCGGUGAUAAAUUUUCAUCUAGACAUGGUCAAAAGGGUGUUUGCUCUAGAAAAUGGCCUCAAGUUGACAUGCCAUUUUCUGAAACUGGUAUUCAACCAGAUGUUAUUAUUAACCCACACGCUUUCCCAUCUCGUAUGACUAUCGGUAUGUUCGUCGAAUCACUUGCUGGUAAGGCCGGUGCCUUGCACGGUAUUGCACAAGAAGCUACUCCAUGGAAUUACAGUGAAGACGAUACCCCCGCUGACUUCUUUGGUGAACAAUUGCGUGCUGCUGGUUACAACUACCACGGUAAUGAGCCAAUGUACUCUGGUGCCACUGGUGAAGAACUUCGUGCUGAUAUCUACAUAGGGUGUGUUUACUACCAAAGAUUGAGACAUAUGGUUAACGAUAAGUUCCAGGUCAGAUCAACUGGUCCAGUGAACUCAUUGACCAUGCAACCUGUUAAGGGUCGUAAGCGUUCUGGUGGUAUUCGUGUGGGUGAGAUGGAAAGAGAUGCCUUAAUCGGUCAUGGUACCGCAUUCUUAUUACAAGAUAGAUUGUUGAACUGUUCUGAUUACACCCAGACUUCAAUCUGCCGUUCGUGUGGUUCUCUUUUGACCACUCAAAUGUCCGUUCCACGUAUUGGUUCUAUGGCUAUGAUGAGAUGUCGUAGAUGUGCCACCAAGUUGGAAGAAUACUCUCAAAAGGGUAUCUACGUUAAUGAAUCCGACUUGUGGGAAGAUGGCCAAGGAAAGAAGUUCGUCGGUGGUGAUGACACUACUACUGUUGCCACUCCAUUUGUCUUGAAGUAUUUAGACUCUGAAUUGGCAGCCAUGGGUAUAAAAAUGCGCUACAAUGUCGAACCCAAGUAGCGACUCCAUCUGCAUAUUCUGUUUAUAUUUGUUGUAUUUUAAUAUCAUUUCUAGAAAAAAUAGAGAAUGUAGAAUAGUCAACGUAGAGUAAUAGAAUAGUGAUUGGAUAU